GCGACGGAAAAACCGCCCCUUUCCUGUCAGAGUCUUGUUGGUUUUCUGCCGCGUCAGAUGAAAAUGAGUUUGCAAGCUUCUUCCCAGUAUGUUUUGGGACUGGAUGUUGGUACAAGCUCAAUAAAGGUAGUAUUGGUGGAGGCUGAGAGCCGGGCAGUGGUUGACAGCCAGGUGAAGGAAACUAAGGCAGACAUCAGCAGCCUAGAGGGAGAGAAGUGUCGAGAACAGGAUGUUGCUCGGAUUGUGUUAGCCAUUAACAGCUGUGUUGCUGCUCUGCCCAGAGAACGUCUCCGCAAGGUGGUGAGAAUUGGAGUGUCCGGACAGAUGCAUGGUGUUGUAUUCUGGAAAAGUGAGGAAGGUUGUAUUUGGCAGGGAGGUGAAACAGGUUUCACGUUCCAGCCUGAGAAAACUAGUCACUUGAUCACGUGGCAAGAUGGUCGCUGCAGUCGUGAGUUUCUCAAUUCACUCACCCAGCCUGAUUCACAUCUCAGCCUUGCCACAGGCUUUGGCUGUGCCACCAUUUUCUGGUACAAGAGAAACAGGCCCCAGUUUUUGGAGUCCUAUAAUGCAGCAGGGACCAUCCAUGACUAUGUUGUUGCUAUCUUGUGUGGGCUUAAGAGACCACUGAUGUCAACCCAGAAUGCUGCCAGUUGGGGGUAUUUUAAUACGAGAUGUGGCACUUGGAAUCUGCAAAUAUUGCAGGAUUCUGGAUUUCCCACAUGUUUGUUGCCUGUGGUCAUGGAACCUGGCGCAAUUGCUGGACAGACAGUUCAUGAAUGGUACGGUGUGCCAGAGGGAACAGAUGUUGGUGUGGCGCUAGGUGAUUUCCAGUGCUCUGUGUACUCGUGCAUGACAGCAACAACAGAUGCAAUUUUGAAUAUCAGUACUUCUGCCCAGUUGACCUUUGCCUUGAAUCCUGGCUUCCAGCCACCAGCUCAACCCAAUCCCACUGCGAGCGUUGCAUAUUUUCCAUAUUUUGAUGGAAUUUACUUGGUUGUGGCUGCUGCACUGAAUGGUGGAAAUGUACUGGCUUCCUUCAUUGAGAUGUUGAAACAAUGGAUGCAGGAGUUAGGACAGGCGGUUCCAGAAUCGGUCAUCUAUUCUCAAGCAGUACACGCUGCCCUAACUGUUACUGACACCGACCUUGCAGUGCAGGCAACCCUUUUUGGAGAGAGGCAUGUACCUGACCAGCUGGCUUCAGUGACUAACAUCUCCCCGUCCAACCUGUCUUUGGGCCACGUGAUCAGAGCACUAUGUCGCGGCAUUGUGAAAAACCUGAACUCCAUGUUACCGUGCCAACGGCUGAUUGAAUCUGGGGUGCAGAGGAUUAUGGGCAGCGGGAGUGCACUGACCUGGAAUGAGGUGCUGAAGCAGGAGGUGGAGAAGGUUUUCACUCUUCCUAUUGUGUACGGGAAGAACGUGGAUUCAGCAGUCGGUGUUGCUAUGGUGAUGCUUGACCAGAAAUAGGGAGGAAAGAAACUCCCAGCAAUUAAAUCAGGAGAAUGUAAAUCAAUGUCCAAUCAGGGUGUGUGUCUGAACUGAUCACAAUGUUUCCCCACUAAUUAAAGAAAAUACAUGAAUGAGUUGUCAAAGAUGUCCUUUCUCAUCUGUUUCUUACCUAGUGUAGUUCAACCAUUGAGUGCAACUGGACAGAACUUGGUACAGAUGCAGAGUUAAUGCUGACUGCACAGCAGCAAAACCUACACCUCCCGCGCCCCCACCUCUUCCCGCCCUCACCCGCAUCCCAGGCCCCAAGAGGCCUUUCCACAUCAAACAGAUGCUCAUCUGCACAUCUGCUAAUGUGGUAUACUGUAUCUGUUGUUCCCAUUGUGGCCUCCCCUACAUCGGGGAAACCACACGGAGGCUUGGGAACUGCUUUGUGGAACACCUACACUCGGCUCACAACAAACAAAUGCACCUCCUAGUUGUGAACCAUUUCAACACCCCCUCCCACUCCUUGGACAACAUGUCCGACCUGGGCCUCCUGCAUUGCCAUGAUGAUGGCACCUGAAGUCUGUAGGAACAGCAUCUCAUAUUUCGCUUGGGAACGCUGCAAUGUGGACUCCACAAGCUUCAAAAUCUCCCCUUCCCCGAAUGAUGUCUCAAAACCAGCCCAACUUGACCCCACCUCCCUAACCAUUUCUCCCACUCCCAUCUCCUCCCCACUAACCUCAUCCCGCCCCCUUGACCUGUCCGUCCUCCCUGGACUGACCUAUCCUCUCCCUAAUUCCCCAUCUACAUUCACCUUUACUGGCUUCAACACCGCCUCUUUGACCUGUCUGCCUCCUCUCCACCUAUUUUCUCCUCUAUCCAUCUUCUAUCUGCCUCCCCCCCUCCCUAUUUAUUUCAGAAUCCCCUUCCCCUCCCCCAUUUCUGAAGAAGGGUCUCGACCCGAAACGUCAGCUUUCCUGCUCCUCCAAUGCUGCUUAACCUGCUGUGUUCAUCCAGCUCUACACCUUUUAUCCCAGUUUCAUUGGCAGUUCCUACUAUCUCAGCAUCAAAACCUGUCCUUAUUGCUGCAGUUGUUGACAUAGUGUCAUUGCUACAUUUGGCCCAGCAUUCCAUUGGAUAGGCCACAUUCCAAUUGCUCUCUCUCUUGCAUGGUGGUAAGUGUGUGGAAGAAGAUGGCACCUCUGUAGCACAUUCGGACUGUCAGUGGGGAAGCAAAGCCGAGGAAAAUAAAGCAAAGGUCGGCAUUAGAUUGCUGGAACUUUUACAUCAGUCAGUAGCCAUAACCCCUGCAACAUCACAACAAAACAUCAAACAGGUCCAAUCUAACUGUUUCUCAAUUUCUGACCUCCCCUCUCCAUUAACAAGUUUCCUAUUCCUCACAGUCAUCUUUGUGUCUCCGGUUUUUUGGACAGCUACUUAGGGCGGCACGGUAGCUCAGUGGUUAGCACUGCAGCCUCACAGUGCCAGGGAUCCGGGUUCGAUUCCAGCCUCAUGUGACUGUGUGGAGUUUGCACAUUCUCCCCGUGUCUGCGUGGAUUUUCUCCGGGUGCUCCAGUUUCCUCCCACAGUCCAAAGAUGUGCAGGCUAGGUGGAUCGGCCAUGCUAAAUUGCCCGCAGUGUUCAGGGGUGUGUGGGUUAUAGGGGGAUGGGUCUGGAUGUGAUGCUUCAAGGGGCAGUGUGGACUUGUUGGGCCGAAGGGCCUGUUUCCACACUGUAGGGAAUCUAAUCAAAUCUACUUCACUUAUAGGAAUAUGGGGUGAACUGUCUCCAAUUCAGUUUCAUUCAAGAUGAAGCUUGGAGAUUUGUCUGCAUUUUUCUAUCAGAUUCCACCCAACUGCAUCACUUUGCUAUCAGCCCGUGCCAUUCUUGACAAGGGGAAUAUUAGAUUGUCUGUCAACCUUUGUAUUUGUAUUUUCAACCGCAAAUGAGCAUAUAUACAAAUUAGGAGCAGAAGUAGCUGAUUUAGCCAUUCAAGCAUGCUUCACCAUUCAGUAUGAUCGUGGAUAUGUUUGUGUUAAAAAUGUAGUGUGGUAUGUUGUGAACCAUUGAAAUGAUCUGCAACUGAGCCCAGGGUAGUAAUGAUUGUUAGUUGUAUACAUGUAAAUGCAAGUUAAUCAACACUGUGAAAUAAAACAAAAU